AGUGCCGGACAUGCAGGCUGUGUACAAGGUGCUGCUCCUGUCGCCGCUGGCGCUGUGCGCCGCCCGACCCGACUCUCGGCAGCUGAGUCACGCCGGCGGCGACCUCCAGGCCGCCGCCAGCGCCAUCGGACCCACUAACGUCUACGUCGGAAAGAGCUAUCCUGUCGGCCAUGGAAGCGGAUAUGGCGGAAGCGGGUACGGCGGCGGGCACGGAGGCGGGUACGGAGGUGGUUUCGAGUUUGGCGGCAGUAGCGGCGGUUACGGCCUCCGCUCGGGUGGCGGCUACGGCCUGGGCGACCAGGUGUACAGCGGCGGUAUUCACGCCGGCGCCAGUUCCGGCUACACGCACGUCCUGCAGGUGGACGACUACGAGGGCUACGGCGGCGGCGGCGGCGGCCACAGCGGCCACUACCUGUACGGUGACCCGCGCCAGGGCUUCUUCAAGCAGGGUGAAAAGCACCGUGGUAAGGGCCGCGGAGGCAGGCGGGGCAAAAAGAACGGCGGCGACGUGCAUGUGAUCUACAUCAACGGCGCAGGCAAAGGCGGCCACGGUGGAGGCCACGGCGGCGGAUACGACUAUGGCUAUAGCCACGGCCACGUCAGCUCUCACUACGGCAGCCCUCACAAAAGCAUCGGCCCGGCCGACCUCAUCAAGUGGGCGUAUGUGGGACGCGGCAAACACUGACGCGAGUCGCUCCUAGCCGCCGCCGACUGACUUAUGCUCGCGCAAAGGCGGUCACCGCUUCCAGCCAGCAGCUCCGCCACCAGCUCAACCGACCACCACUGGACCACUCAUGCCUGGCAUCCUUCUGCCACUGUUGCUGGCUCCUACGCAUGCUACAGUCAUACGAAUUUUGUUUCGCCGUAGUUAUGUUACAACAUUGCAAAAUUAAACGCUACGUCACCAGAGUUUCGCUACAUCUCGCAAGAUUUGCAUAUAAGCCACCUUUAUUCGGCCUCGUCUUUCGGGUCAUGACUAACUAAUCUCCCAGUCCCGCCCCCGCCCGAGCGGCUGCCGUGCGACCUGCUGCCAUUCACUCCGUGUGUAUCCUGUAGGCUGCGCCCCUCCAGCUGCGUGUCGUGUCCGUGUCCUGUCUAGCUGCGUGCCGUGUGCGUGUCCCCCCCCCCCGUCCUGCACCCGUGCGUGUUCUAAUAGUCAUAGGCUGCCAGUCCCAUAUGUCCGUGCAAGAAGACUGCAUUUCUUGGUGUUUGUGUACUUAAGUAAGCCAAGUUAGUUUAAGUGUUGUGUGUCGUCUGCUUUUUCUCUUUGUUUUGCCGAUUCCGGAACAGUUUCUUUUAUGAACGCUUGUUUAUGAUACUCAACAACAUUUACGACUUUCUUAUCAGUAAUUCGCUCUAAUUAGGAUAUCCAGUACUUAAGAAAUAAAAAUAUAUCCAUGUCAUCUUUCUAAAUCUCUCAUUCGCUUUGCCCUUAUUCUGUUUAAGUUGUGCACUUUCUACAGUGUCUAGCUGUAAACUGCCAGUAUUAAAUUUCUCAAGAAACCCUUUAUUUUUGGAAUACGGUGAAAAAUUGUCCAUACCCAUGAAGAUGCUAUCAAUGUAUUUUUAUCUGAUGAACACCCUAGUUUUCCUUUACUUCAACACUUCAUAAAAUGAAUGUGGCCUGAAAUGGAACUCGCACAUUAGUGUCUUAACGCCAGAAAUUAGCCGUUUCCAUAAACGUUCCUAUAGAAGCGUGCCUCAACACCACUGAUGCACCUGAGCUACGCCUAUGUUCUGUGGACAACUGCCAGAUGUCCAUCUGACUGAUCGGCUGUCAUCACUUUCAACAUUGAUGUGGCCGGUGAAUAUUGCACCCACGGACAUUCAUAUGUUCUCUCCGUCUCCGAUACGAGUAAUGGAAUAAGUUUUUUAUCAGUUUAAUUUGGCUCCAAUGAUUAUCAUUAUUUUUACUGUUAUUUCUAUUAGGUAUUACUAUUAUUAUAAUUGUCAUUACCAUUAUUAUUAUUAUUAUCAUCAUUUCAAUUAUCCCUAGUGUAAACCAUUGCAAAUGGACUUUGUCUUUCAUUUUAAGUAAUGCUGAACACUAACAAUCAAUUUAGGUACAACAUACAUUUGAAUGUUUAUUUGUUUUUUUAUGCACCUAUAUUAAAUGGUUACUAAUAAAAAGUCUUACCUGAUGGAUGUUAUGUUCUUGAGAUAAAAAACUAAAAAUUUAGAAAAUUUGCCCUACAUUGCGUCCCAUGAGACUUUUCCACCAUAGAAGUCCCAUGAGUACACUUUUUAGUAUAAAUUUUGUCCGAACCUUUUGAAUAGGAUUGGCACAUGCCUGUCCCGUAGCUCAGUUGGAAGAGCAUGGGACUCCCGGUAGUGAGAACCCGGGUUCGAGACGCUCCGGCGCUCGAUAUUUGAGACUCCUAACGGGGAUGGUCUGCGGUUGGUGGGAGCAGCCGCAGCCAGUUGAAGUCAGUUGAGUGCGACAGGCCGUGUCCGGCUUUGAAGGACACGCUAAACGUUGGGCAUCUAAAUUCUCCCGUUACCCGGAAUUGCGCGAUCGGACGGUAGGGGUCGGGGUCUACGCAACAAGCUCUGCUUAGCGUGGGCUUCGGCUCUGUCAAUCCAUCCAUUCAAACAUUCGAGCUAAAUUUAUUUUUAAAAAAGUGGACAGAGUCCCCGCUAAGCUGAGCUUGUUGUGUUAGCCCUGCCUUCUACCCUCAAUUCGCGUAAUUCCUGGUCUAUGGCAGAACAUAGAGUCCGAAGUUUGACGUGCGGACAUAGCCGCGCCUGGCCGGUCCCCUCGCUGACUUCGGCUGGCUGCGGCCUGCCACCAAUCGCAAUCAUACCUACCCAUCAUGAGCCCCAAACAUCGAACGCCCGUCCCGCUUCAAACCCGGUCUUUCACAACUGGGACGUGUGCUCUCACCACACAGAGUCCGAUGCUCUUUCCUGGUCCCAUAGCUCAGCCAGUCAAAUAUUUAUAUUAUUAUAGCUCAGUUAGAUCAAAUAUUUUAGUUCAAACAUUUUGAUAAUAUAACAUGAACAAAGGCUAUUUGUUAUAACAAUGAUCGCUAUAACUACAAUGCCCAGUACAGCACUUAAUCGAAGUUGCAUUUAUAAUUUUAUUAGCUCACUGUAUCUCUCUAAAUUUUGCUCAAAUCUACAAUUUGAGCAAUUCACCUUCAUAAAACAGAAUGCUUUGAAAACAGGUAAUUCAAAGAAGCAUACUUGGACCCAAUAAUUUUCCUUUUGAGCUUCUUUCUAGAGUUCAUUAGGUUAUUAUGCAUGGAAAUGUGGGGUAAUUUGAGCAGUGGGAUAAGAUUACCAGCGUCUUUUUCUCGCCUUCUAUAGCCCAAGUAUUAACCGUUUUUACUAUGCAAGUGGGUGACAAUACUCACAACCAUCACCACAGAAUUGGUUGGAAUAAAUGAAAGUAGUCAUGGCUGUAUUGCAAAAAAAAAACGCCUUCACCUCAUGAAAGCUAAUGGUCGUGAUUUAAGCAAUGUAUUUUUAAUCAAAACAUUAAUUAAAAGCAAAAUAUGUUGGCAUCUUUCUGGCUGUGCAUUCUCUGUAUCUCUUCCAGAGUGUUGACUGUUGAGCCGUUAAUUCUUUCUGAAAGCAUUCUGUUUUAUGUAGAGUAUAGUUACGUGAAUUUAGCCGUAGGUGUGGCAAGAUGAGCCAUUCUCUACUGCACAUAUCUGCCUGUACAAUGCCUAAAUUUGAUAUAUGCCUGAAACCUCAUUAUUUACCACGUACUUGUUGGAAAGUUAGUCUCGUCCAAGUUCUCAGUCUGAUAUGAUAUUGUUGUCUCAAACUUCUAUCAUACAUCGCAUAUUGGGGUAAAAUCCACGAUUCUCUUAAUACCAGAGCAUGGACGUCCGGAAAACACGCGUUGUCAUUCGUUUAGAAUCGGCCUUAAAAUGUUUCUUUUCAGAACCAAUCAAUCAAUUUGUUCCGUCAGGUAGUUUGACCAGCUUUGCCCCGCUCAUAGAGUAAGUUCAUGAAUUUUUCACAUUGUUAUUAACCUUCAUUUACAUAGUAAACUUCUCUAAAGAUAAUGCAACGUUUUUUGGGGAGUAGAUGAGUGUAAGGGUGUAACCUGCUAUUGUUUGGUAUAUAACUGCGUUGAGUUGCAUUGUUGCGUUGUUGGCGAACAUUUACUUUGGAAAUGAUAGGCAAACAACGGAAAUCAAUGCGUUUUUUUGUUUUUGUUUUCGUUUUUCUUUAUCAGGAAUAAUAUCUUCUUUUUGUCGUUUUCGUCACGGCCAAUUUCAUUUAUGGUUAGCUGGGCGCUCUCAUAAAAGGUCAAUAGUUAAUGCCUUUGCCUGUUAUGUGUUUGUACUUCCUUAUAUGCCCAUUGCCCACUGUUUCAUAUAUUUCAUUUUUUAGCUUCACGUUACUUAAGUGCUGUUAUAGACAGCAAGCCAUACAAUUUGUAAAAUCACCAAAAGCAAAGUCAGAAUUCCUUAUCUUGCAAGUUCCUAAAAUUCAGUUGUUACAAUCCUCAGCCUCCCCGUAGUGCUCUAGUAGCCUCAGAAGACUUGGUAUAGUAUACAGCUCUAGCGAGACAUGCAGCGACCUUGCACUGCACUGCUGGCAUGCACUGCUUUAACGUUGUCUUGGUGUGCUUAUGAUAUGCAGAGGGCAAUGCAGCUGUCCCGUGUUCUCUGUCGAUACGUGCUGCUGUUUGGAAAUUGUCGUCAAAUCUAUCUUCCAAAGACUAUAAUAGUCUAGACUAUAAUAAUUAAGACUUAUAAUCUAGCUAGUAUUAUUCAAAUAAAUGGACUACACUGAUUUCAAUCAAGAAGUCUCUUCUUCCUUCAAAAUUUCAGCAAACUAGCAAAAUUUCCUGGAUUUGCCGAUGUCUUAUCCUCUCAUUGAGGUAGCCGUCCUUCGGUACACGACUAUACCAAACAUCAUACAUGUGCAUGGAUCCAUUCAUAUACCAAACAUCAUACAUGCGCAUGGAUCCGAGUGAUGGAUCUAUGAUCCCACCAGAUCUGGCAUGAACAUUUAUCAUGAAUCUAUGAUCUGAGUGGAUCCCACCAUGCACAACAUUUAAAACCAGGUUUCUGAGUGGUUCUAUGUCGAUAAGUGUCACACAACUAUGGAUUGGGAGCAUUCACAUAAAAUCACUAAAACAGAACGUUAAAAGAUAAACUCGGGUCCAUGAUCCCUACGGAUCUCUCGAUAAAUUAAAAAUAUGGAUAUAUGAUCUCGUCGGAUCCGAGAUCAGGAUUCGUAAGGACAGAUCCCAGAUCCAUUUUCUCGGAUCCAGGCACAUGUCUGCCAAACAUGGCAGCGUUACGAGCCAAAUGGCUACGUGAGAUAAAACAUUGUGUACUUUGUCUUGCAAGUUUUUUUCAUUCAAUCUUUUUUUGUGGUGAGUUUCGAUUUCCAGUAUUAACCAGCGCCACACUCCCUCGACCUCCCUUCCACUCGAAUCAUCUGCCAAAGAUGAUUUUAUUUCGCCAAUGUUAUUGUGAUUCUGGCAUCAUUUAGGCGUUCCGCCAUUUACAUUCGUAUCUUCUUUAGUGUAACCAUCUCAAGGCCUUUGUUGCCACACAAUAGCCGUUUUCACAACGGGCUAUCUGGCGAAUGCACCUAAUUCUCACCAAAGCUGCACCAAAUCUCUUUGAUAACAAAUAUCUUCAUAUAAUGAGUUUAUUUCACGGUUUUAAUGGAUGACAAUGUCUGAUGAUAUGGCAAGGCAAGUAUGUAAUUAAGCAAUUAGUGCAACCUAGCUGAUAGCUACUAAGAAAUACACUGAACCUGAUUUGAACCAAAUUCUCACCAAAUAUGCACCUAAUCUACACCAAAUGUGUACCAGAUGGCCGUCGUGAAAACGGCUAAGGCCACUCCAAUGCCGCGAAGAUGAGAUCAAUUACGUGAUAUCGAAAUCACCCUAUCUCUCUUUGAAUUGAGAUAGUUUCUGAAUGUUUUGUGCGUGCUGCUUCAUUAAUUCGCCACAAUGUGAUUAUAUGUGUCUAACUAUGACUUGUUCCCAUGCAUAUAUCACUCCGUCUUCUCCAUAUCUUGCCGCUUCAACAAGCUCUGCGCUUGGGUGAUUGUUUCUCACUUGCCGAUAACUUAGGCUGCUGUUACUAUGUCGUGUUUGUGGUCGGGAAGGCGGUCAUAUGCGUUGUUUCCUAAUGAAUUCGCUAAAAAAUG